CAAAGUCACAACAAGGGGGCCGAGCGACCAAUGAGCUGCUGCGGGCUGCUGAGUGCUGGGGGCCCGGGGAGCUCCGAGAGCAAAACGCCUAAGAGCGCUGGAACUUUCUCACUCGUCUUGUUUUCUCCUCAGUGAUCGAUCCAGCGACUUGAAGCGCACUUUUGGAUUAUUUGUUGGAUUUUUAUUUAUUUUUGGUUUGGAAUAAGUUGGGGUGGAGGGGACCUCCGGACAUAUGGAAUGAUUUGUCCGGGUAAGAAACGCUCGCCCACGGAGCAGAGAUUCCACGGAUUAACUUUUUUAGUAGAAAACCAAAGUUCCGGUUUAUGACUCUGCUGUGAGUUCCAGUGCCCCCGCCGCUAGCUCCACCAUGCCGCGGACCUUCCGCGGAUCCCUCCGCCCGCUGGCGUGCGUCCUCGCCCUGGCCGCGUGCUUGUCCGCGGCGUCGCCGCCGCACGGCCGGAGGCUGAUCUGCUGGCAGGCCAUCAUGAACUGUCAGACGGAGCUGGAGUGCAACUACGCCUACGACCACUACCUCCGCGCCUGCGGGCCGGUGUUGAGCGGCGAGCGGAAGAAGUGCCCCAGCCACUGCAUCUCCUCCCUGGUGCAGCUCAACAUGACCCGCAACGGCCCCGCGCUGGAGGACUGCAGCUGCGGCCACGACUCCGUGUGUACGCGCACUAAGCGGGCCAUCGAGCCCUGCCUGCCGCGGACCACCAGCACGGGCUGCACGGAGGCGCGGCGCCAGUGCGAGCGCGACCCGCAGUGCAGCUCCAGCAUGCGGGACUACUUGCACCACUGCGGGAAGCUCUUCAGCGGCGCCGUGUGUACCAACGCCUGCCGCGGCGUCAUCGCCAACAUGCGCCGGAUCCCCCGGGGGCAGCAGCUGGACGCUUGCCUGUGCGACGGCACCGAAAGGGCCAUCUGCGAGUACGUCAAAAGCAGCAUGAAGACGCUGUGCUUCGACACCCCGGAGCGGGAGGAGAGCAGCGGCUCUCACGAGGGCUUCGACCCGGAGGACGACGAGGACUACUCGGACCCUGACUACAGGGAAGAGCCGGAGAGCGGAGGCUCUUUCCUGGAGGGCCACUUUGUUUUGACCCUGCUGGCGUCCAUGUUGGCCCUCAUUUAAGACUUUCAGGUUGAGUUAUUUUCUAUGCAAAAGUUAUCAAAAAAAAAGCACACAAUACUUUGUGUGAUGGGGUCUCAAACUUGUUGUUUCUCUCUACACAACUCCAUAUAUUAGUGUACUUGUGCUCCUUACACUUCAAUGUAUGAUGCCGAGCUUCACUUCUACCAGACCAGGGGCCUCAUGUAAUAAGACUAAAAAUAGAAAAAUCCAGAAAACUACGUACACAAGUAAACAUUCAGAUCCAUUAAAGCGUGCAGACACACAUAUUUGCACGUUUAAACUUUGUGGUUCUUUCUACUCAACUCCAUAUAUUAGUGUACUUGUGCCCUUUACACUUCAAUAUAUGAUGCCGAGCUUCACUCCUACUAGACUAGGGGCCUCAUGUAAUAAGACUUAAAAUAGAAAAAUCCACAAAACUACGUAUACAAGUAAAAAUUCAGAUCCAUUAAAGCGUGCAGACACACAUAUUUGCACGUUUAAACUUUGUGGUUCUUUCUACUCAACUCCAUAUAUUAGUGUACUUGUGCCCCUUACACUUCAAUAUAUGAUGCCGAGCUUCACUCCUACUAGACUAGGGGCCUCAUGUAAUAAGACUUAAAAUAGAAAAAUCCAGAAAACUAUGUACACAAGUAAAAAUUCAGAUCCAUUAAAGCGUGCAGACACACAUAUUUGCACGUUUAAACGUUGUGGUUCUUUCUACUCAACUCCAUAUAUUAGUGUACUUGUGCCCCUUACACUUCAAUAUAUGAUGCCGAGCUUCACUCCUACUAGACUAGGGGCCUCAUGUAAUAAGACUAAAAAUAGAAAAAUCCAGAAAACUACGUACACAAGUAAAAAUUCCGAUCCAUUAAAGCGUGCA